AUGAAUUGGGUAAUAGCCAACCAAUCUUGCAAGGAUGCUGCAAAAGACACGACCACCUUCGCAUGUAUCCAUGAACAUAGCUCAUGUUUGGAUGUAAAAAAUGAGGGGUAUAGAUGCGUAUGCAAAGAUGGCUACGAUGGGAAUCCUUACCUUCCUCUUCCUAAUGGAUGUCAAGGUGUCAUUCUUGGCGCUAGCAUUGGAACAAGUCUCUUGCUCUUUUGCAUAACAUUAGUCAUUGUAUGCAAGAAAUGGAAGCAAAGAAAUCAACAGAAAAUCAAAAAAAGGAAUUUUCUAAGGAAUCAUGGUUUACUACUUCAACAAUUAAUCUCCGCAAGUGAUCAUAUUGAGGAGAGAACAAGCGUAUUUUCUCUUGAAGAAGUAGAAAAGGCAACAAAUAAUUUCGAUGAAACUCGGGUACUUGGAAGGGGAGGCCAUGGCACAGUUUACAAAGGGAUUCUAUCAGAUCAACGAAUUGUUGCCAUAAAAAAGUCAAAAACAGUUAAGACAAGUGAGAUUGAUCAAUUUAUAAACGAGGUUGCGGUUCUUUCUCAGAUCAAUCACAGGAAUGUAGUUAAGCUUCUUGGAUGUUGUUUAGAAACUGAAGUUCCUUUGUUGAUUUAUGAAUUUAUCUCGAACGGAACCCUUUCUGAUCAUCUGCAUGUUUCGCAAGGUGAAUCUAAAUUAUCAUGGGAUGAUCGUCUCAGGAUUGCCUCAGAAUCUACAGGAGCACUUGUCUAUCUACACUCCGCUGCUUCUAUGUCUGUCUUUCAUAGAGAUGUCAAGUCAUCAAAUAUUCUUUUAGAUGAUACUUUUAAGGCGAAGGUAUCGGACUUUGGGGCAUCAAGAUUUAUUCCUCUUGAUCAAACACACAUAGUUACUGCCAUACAUGGUACCUUUGGAUAUAUCGAUCCAGAGUAUUAUCAAACUAGUCAGUUGACAGAAAAAAGUGAUGUUUAUAGUUUUGGAAUUAUUCUUCUUGAACUUUUAACAGGAAAGAAACCUAUCUUCUCAACCAAAAAUGGGUUACAACAAAAUCUAGCCAUGAAUUUCCUUCAAGCAACAAGAGAGAACACAUUGCUUGAUCUUGUGGAAGAUCGUGUUUUGCAAGAAGGAACAAAGCAAGAAUUUCUUGAAAUCAGUAGUUUGAUAGAAAUUUGCCUGAAUUUGAAAGGUACGAAAAGGCCAACAAUGAAAGAAGUUGAAUAUAAAUUGCAAAGCAUGAGAAAGGUUAGAAUGAAAAAGAAAGGCGUUUGUAUUCUAGAAGGGAAUGAGGAUGCUGAAUGCUUAGUAUGUCGUCUCACUCUUCUUCACAAAUGGUGGAUGAAAUAA